GGCGUCGAUGACGCAGCCUGCCACCAGAAUGGCACACAUUUGUUAAUAGCAUUUGUUUUUUAACAUUCUAUACCGAAUCAAGUGUUCAAUAGCCCUGAAAAAUCAUCAAAAUUGGAGUUCCCGAGAGUGAAUUCGAGAGAGGUGUGGAUGAAAUGUAACUAGUUUUGUUUAAGCCAGAGAAUAAUAGUCAACAUGGAAUUUGUUAUUCCUUUAACAAAGGACGACCUUCUAAAGCACAGAAGUGGACAGUAUUAUGUGAAGGAUAUUACCUCUGCACGUGGUAUCUCCGCAGCAUUAGACGCAACAAGGCCCGCCCUCGCCAACGAAGGCCCCAGCUUCAUCCUGAAACACUUCGACGAUUUCUUCUCAGUUCUGACCCAUGGAGACAAGCUCGAGCACUUCCAAAUAGUGCGCGCCUUUGAUAGACUAGCAAAAGCCCUGGAGAUCCUCGUAACUAACAUGGAAAAAAAUUUUCCCACCGGUGAAUCCCGUGCGCAGUACCUCUGCAUCAACAAGAUGUACGUCUACCUCCUCUGCUCCCUGAUGUGCCUCCUGGAAGACAAAACGUCAAGCCUCGAGACAAACUUCCAAGACAACGGAAAGAAGAAGAAGAACGCCAAGGCCCCAGAGCGAGAAGAGUGGGAGCCCCGUCGAGACAAGAGCCUGCUAUCCAUCCACCGUUGGCUACAACUCCCCCUCCAGAACCUGUGGACUCCACCAAUCGUCGAGGAAGCCUUCGUCCAGCUGAUAGCCGACGUCUGCUACAAGACCCUGGAGCACGACAAGGAGAAUAAAGGAAAAUCCGAGGUCAGAACGACAAUUUUCCAGAUCCUAGGAGUCCUCGUGAAACGAUACCUCCACAACAUCACCUGCACCAUAAAAAUCAUCCAACUGGUGAAGAUGCACGAGGCCCUGGGGCCCUAUCUAGCCCAGGGAGUGGUCGAAAUGGUCUCGUCAAAUGACUGCCCAGGAUUCAUAGCUGAAUUAGCUCGAGAGAUCGAGCAAACGAGUCUCGACGAUACCUCAGCAAGAAACGUCUCCUCAUUUCUCGAGGCAAUAGCAACAAUCAAACCAGAACUGGUCCUCCCCAUCCUGGACAACAUCACCGAUUAUCUCUCCAACGAUUGCUACUCCAUGAGAAACUGCGCGAUAAACGUCCUGGGGGUCGUCAUAAUAAAAGCCCUGACAGGAGAAAAUCUCACUAGUGAACAGAGAGCAAAACGUAACGAGUGUUUCGACCGCCUGGAGGCCCACACACGAGACAUCAACACCUAUGUUCGAUCCAAAGUGUUCCAAGUCCUCCAGAAAUUGUGCUGCGAGCAAGCCAUUCCUGUUGAUCGUUUCGCCUCGAUAAUAAGGAUGACUGUUAGCCAUCUACGAGAAAAGGCAGCGACUGUUCGUAAACAAGCACUUGUUCUCCUUCGAGUGUUGCUGGAGGGCCAUCCCUUCAAUUCUUUCAUCGAUAAACGUGAGAUAGAGAAGAAGAGGGAAGAGUUUAAAAGUAAAUACGAUAAAAUGCAGGAGGAUAUUGUGGCUGCGUCUGGCAGUGGCCACGAGGAACGUCUGGAGCUCUGGAAGACACUCUCCCCAGAGAUCGUUAAAGCCAUCAAAGAUUGCAUUGCUGACCAAGAGGAUCAGGACUCUGAGAGCGAGGAUGAGGAGGACGAGGAAGACGACGAGGAGAAAUACGAGCAGAUACGAAAGUUGAUCAUUCAGAAGAACUUUCAUGCAGCUGUGAAGAAGCUCGUCAAGAUUACGAGGACGGAGGACUCGUCAGCUGACAUCCUUGACGACAGCGAGAAGGAGCGAGCCUAUCUUCACAUGAUGCUCUUCAUAUUCAUGGAGUCUUCCAAAGACGGCACCGAUCACCAGGAGACCACUGCCAACUUCAGGGAGCAGGUGAAGAAGAUAAUCUCCCUGAGAAAGAUUCUGGUGUUCUUCACCAAUGCAGAGACCUUUGCAACUGAAAUUGAGAAUGCAUUGAUUCAAAUCGAAUUGAUGCUGUUCUCUCCAACAGUAACAGUGGCUGUGGAAGCCUGCACUCUGUUGUCAACAGCUCUGACACUGAAAAUUCCAGGGGCUGAUGCAGGAAUCAGGAAAGCAUUGUCUCAGGUCUUCAGCAGGGAGGAGUCAGUUCGAAACAAUGUGGCAACGAUCUACAGGGACAUAUACCUGAUGAACAAUGGUAAGAAGGCGACGAUAUCCUCAGCAGUUACUGGAUUGAUAAACCUCUUCAAAGGUCUCCAACCCGGUCAAAGUCCAGCAUUAGCCCACCUCAUAGCCAUCUGGCUUGGAAAUAAGGAUUUGACUGAUGACCACCUCCUCAUGAUCUGGCAUACGUUUGCUAAGAAAACACCUGGAGCAACGGUGGAAGACAGCAGAUCAGCUAUUCUUCUUCUUGCUAUGGCAGCCCAGACUCGAUCAUCAAUCAUCAGUGCAAACAUCGAUGUUCUCGUGGACGUGGGUUUGAAGACUGAAGGCGAUGUGGACCUUCUGCUUUCUCGAGACUGCUGUCGUGCUCUUCUCGCCAUCAAGACUAAAGACGUCCUGGAACCCCCUGUGAGACACUUCAACGAUCACAAAAUCUUCGAGAACUUGUCCAUUUUGCUGAAGAACAACUUCGAGACUGUUGAUGUCGACACUUAUGUCUCCUUUGCACAUGACGCCAUCAGCGUCAUCUAUCAUCUUGCUAAUCAACCUGAGAAGCUCAUAAGAGAUAUUUUAAAAGAGCUAAACGGGAAGAUGAGUGAACCAGAGGUGGACUCGUCGUCCUUAGCUAAACUCCUCUACAUCGUUGCUCAUGCUGCGAUGAGGCAUAUGGUCUACCUCGACACAGCGGUCUACAAAGAAUCAAAACGCAGGAAUACGAUACUGGAGGCCAAGAAAGGGAGGAAGGAUCAGCCUCGUUCCAGCAACAUCUCGGUCUGCUCUUCAGCCUCAACUUCAGUUCAUUCGUCUGCGAGGAAAGCUAGAAGAUCGAUAUAUAAUCGUAAGCAUAAGGACGACGAGUCUACUAUGACCACUGAGGACGCUGGUGAGGAGGCACUGGGAGGUGCAACAGCUGACGAUGCUGAGGCUGAGGCCAUUGAGACAGAGUUGGAAUCCAACAUCAUCAGUGGCAAUGGAUUCUUCGCUCAUUUCGUUCCUCUUGUCAUCGACGUGUGCCAGUAUCCAGAGAAGUACAAGAGUCAUUAUGUUCAGGCGUUUGGGGUACAGGCACUCACCAAGAUGAUGGCGAUAUCUGCUGGAUUCUGUCAGCAGCAUCUCCAGCUAUUGUUUACGAUCCUCGAGAGAUCGACAUUCCCGGAGAUUCGAGGGAACAUUCUGAUGGGUCUGGCUGAUCUUAUGACUAGAUUCCCUAAUGAAGUCGAGCCCUGGGCUGCUCAUCUUUAUGGAAGACUGAGGGACAGGGAGGUGUCAGUGAGGAGCACUGCUGUCAGGGUUCUUGCGAGUCUCGUUAAACGCGAGAUGAUUAGGGUUAAGGGGCAGAUGUCAGAGAUGGCUUUGUGCAUUGUUGAUGAGAAUCAACAGAUCAGGCUGGAUGCCAAGCAGUUCUUCGAUGAGCUGUCUCAUAAGGGGAACGUUCUUUACAAUAUUCUUCCUGAUAUCUUGUCGAGAUUGACUAGCACGGAUGUGGAUAUUCAGGAGGAUAAUCUUCAUGAGAUUGUCAAGCAUAUUCUGGGGCUGCUGUCGAAGGAGAAGGAGAGUGACGCGUUGUUGGACAAGAUCUGCCAGAGGCUGAAGAUGGCGACGACUGACAGGCAGUGCAGGGAUCUUGCUUAUUGUCUGUCAUUGCUGCAACUGGGGAAGAAGGGGAUUGCUACCCUCAUUAGUAAGUUACCGCUGAUCAAGAAUAAACUACAUAUCAGGGAGGUGCAGAAGGCUCUCAAGGAUAUUGUUGAGAGUGCCAGGAAGAAGGCGGAGACUAGGGAGACCUGUGGACAGCUGGAGAGUGAGAUUGAGAAGCUGUUGAACGAUGAUGAGGAGGAUAACGACAGGGACGAGGACCGCGAGGCGAUGCCACCGCCUGCAGCACCACCAAAGAGAAAUGUAAACGGUAGGAGGAAGAAGAAGACGAGGGGGGACGACAGUGAUGAGGAGGUGGGGGAGAAUGAGGAGGACGAUGAGAAUGUGUUCAGGAAUUCGUCCAACACUCCCAGCAAGAGGAAUCCCAGGGCGAGGGCUUCGUCCAGAACUCCGAAGAGGAAGACGAAGGAUUUGUCCCCAGAGGAGGGUCACGAGAAUGAGACAAGAUGCAAGAGGCGUUCUAAUUCGACUCCAAGCAUGUCUAACGUGAAGAAAGGGGAGAGUGGAAGUGUCAGACGAAGUCUGAGGAAAAACAGAGAGGAGAGCUUCACUGAUAAUCCUCCUCCCAAACGUACGAGGACGAGUAGGAAAUAGUUGAUGUGCAGAUAAUUCUUUAAUUGAAUUAGUUUAAGGGUAUUUCAAAGAGAAAUUAAAAUAAGUGUAAAGUUCUUAGAACAAGUGUUGAACGAAAUUCAUUGGAGUUUAGACGUUUGAGUAAACUAUCGAGAAGAAUUUUUAUACAGUCGAGAAAUAUAUUAGUUUAUUCUGA